AUGAGAGACGAGAGAGAGAGGCUGAGAGACGGGAUGAGAGACACGGGGGAAAAGAGGAGAGACAUAGGUGGAGAUAGGAGGAGAGACAAGGGGGAGACAGGAGGAGAGACACGGGGGAGACAGGAGGAGAGACACGGGGGAGACAGGAAGAGAGACAAGGGGAGACAGGAGGAGAGACAAGGGGGAGACAGGAGGAGAGGCACGGGGGAGACAGGAGGAGAGGCACGGGGGAGACAGGAGGAGAGACACGGGGGAGACAGGAGGAGAGACAAGGGGAGACAGGAGGAGAGACACGGGGGAGACAGGAGGAGAGACAAGGGGGAGACAGGAGGAGAUACACGGGGGAGACAGGAGGAAAGACACGGGGGAGACAGGAGGAAAGACACGGGGGAGACAGGAGGAGAGAUGUUGCUGCUAUAUUUCAAAAGAAAGGAGUAUCGCCACCUCGCAGUUACAAAUGACAAGUUUUGUUACAAAUAA